GAGACCGAAAGGUCACUAGUAGAGGCUAGAGUGUUUCGUGGGCUUGACCUAUCACCUCCAAUGUGAAGAUACGUGUUUCGAACUACUCAAACUCUCCACAGGUUCAGGGUGUAGGAGUCCAAAAGUAUCUUGAACUCGGUGUCGAGGUUCAUGUGGUUGGUGGUGUGAGAGUGCAGUGCGUGUGUAGUGAGGUUAUCUCCUGGAGACCGUGGAUCGCUUUAACGCCAUGGCUCUUGUAGCCAGCUCUUGGCGAGAGACAUCGCUAGUUAACCCUAUACCGACGAGUUUGAACUCAUUGCAAAACGGUUUGAACCCUUUACCUCCUGCUAGUAAUUUGAAUCCUUUACCGACGAACAUUAAUCCAAUUACUCUUGAAAAUCCGGACGUUUCGCUUAUCAAUCGGCAAACACCAUCUCAGAAUUCACAAAAUAGCGCUAAUAGUGUUGACAAGAAUCAAAACAUCGAGUGUGUCGUGUGCGGGGAUAAGAGUUCCGGGAAACACUAUGGACAAUUUACCUGUGAAGGUUGCAAGUCAUUUUUCAAGAGGAGUGUUCGAAGGAAUUUAACUUAUUCAUGUCGAGGAAGCAGAAAUUGCCCCAUCGAUCAACACCAUAGAAAUCAAUGUCAAUACUGUCGUUUAAAAAAAUGUAUGAAAAUGGGUAUGAGAAGGGAAGCCGUCCAAAGAGGCAGAGUACCACCAUCACAACCAUCACUUCCUGGCUUGCCAAAUCAAUUUCUUAAUUCUACAGAUUCUAUGACCACAUCAUUAACCAACCACACGUACCUUAGUAGUUACAUAUCACUAUUAUUAAGGGCAGAACCUUAUCCGACGAGUCGAUAUGGGCAGUGUCUACAAACCAAUAAUAUUAUGGGUAUUGACAAUAUAUGCGAAUUAGCAGCUAGAUUACUUUUUUCUGCAGUCGAAUGGGCGAGAAAUAUACCGUUUUUUCCUGAUCUCCAAGUCACCGAUCAGGUGGCACUACUUAGAUUAGUUUGGUCAGAAUUGUUUGUGUUAAACGCAAGUCAGUGUUCCAUGCCGUUACAUGUGGCACCCCUAAUUGCUGCUGCCGGCCUCCAUGCGUCGCCGAUGUGCGCCGACAGAGUGGUGCAAUUUAUGGACCACAUUAGGAUAUUUCAAGAACAAGUAGAAAAAUUAAAAGCUCUGCAUGUGGAUUCUGCAGAAUAUUCCUGCUUAAAGGCCAUAGUACUAUUCACGACCGAUGCAUGUGGAUUAAGUGAUGUAGCUCAUAUUGAAUCUAUUCAAGAGAAGUCCCAAUGUGCCCUCGAGGAGUAUUGCAGAUCACAGUAUCCUAAUCAACCUACUAGAUUUGGUAAAUUGCUACUGCGAUUGCCAAGUUUAAGAACUGUUAGCUCAGCUGUGAUCGAACAAUUGUUUUUCGUGAGACUGGUGGGAAAAACUCCAAUCGAAACUUUAAUUAGGGACAUGCUUCUAUCUGGUAGUUCAUUUUCGUGGCCGUAUAUGUGAUACUUGAAAUUAUACUAGGUGUACUAGUCAACAAUUCUCGUUAAUGAUAUUAAUCGAAAUUCGUAUAUGUGACAACUAUUUCAAGUUAUCUACGUAUAACUAAAAAAAUACCUAUUCCUUUUAAAAACGUGUCUAGUUUUCUUAUAAAUUGAAUGAAAACAUUUUGAUAAUUUGUCUGAUAGUUCAUGUUUAAUAUACUUAGAAUAUGUUAAAAUUUGCAGGUCAUCUAAAUCACUUGUUGACUUCUAUUUAUAGGAUGGUGCAUAUAAUAUAUUUCUACAUUUCCUUUAACGUUGUUGCUGAAGGUUUUUUGAACUGCGGUUUUUCCAUUACCUUACAAUAUUGUAAGAUUUAUGAUUCCAUUAUAAACUUGCUUACAAAAUUUCGAAGGUCUUCCACUUCUUUUAUUUUUGUCAUAAUCAUCUACCCCGCGUGUUUGACUAUUUCCUUCCUGGGAGCGGUUUAGCAAUUUAGCAAUUCGUCUUUGAGUCAAACCACAUCUUUUUCAUUCAGUCCAUAAUUCGUUGCUGCUCAAUUUUUGUGAGUUGAGUUUCACGGGGCAUUAUUUAAAAAAAGACUAAUUUACACGAACCGUCGCAAUAUAAAAUCAAACACAUGUAUUCGUACUUCAACAUUUAGAAGAAAACUGAGGUAGUAAUAAUCAAUCCUCCAAUCAACCCGACAAUAAAAAAUAAAUUCAUACUUAUUCACAGGUAAAACAUGAUUUAUUUACAAAAUAUCAUAAUUGUAAAUUAUCAAACAGAUCAAAGGUUCUUGCUAAUCUAAUAACAUGAAAAUAGAUAUUGAAACAUUAUUGUGCAAUUAAUUGAUUUUUUAACUUCAGAUAUACUUUGAUUUUCUUAGUUGAGUUUCUAUUUUUUCACAGGACGCUUUGCUUCUUUUCUUGUUUACCUACUUCUUUCAUGUUCAUGUUAUCAUUUCUAUUCUUAUGGAUAUCUAGCUAAAUUCAUACCAUAUCAAUUGGUAUUUCACUCGAAAUGAAUGAAUAAUGAAAAUUGGUAUUACAAGUCAAUGUCGGAUUUGUUGCUGCAAUAUUAAAUUUAGCAUCUUCCAAAAUUAGGUCAAUAAUAAACUUCGCUAGUUUCGCUCAUUUCAUAACUAAAACUUGUAAAAAGUAAAUGAAUAUUGAUAAUCCUCAAAUGUUCACCGAAGAUACAAAUAAUUCAAAAAUUAAAUAUGCAGUUCUCAAAUUUAAUUUGUUCCACUAAUAAAAUCAGUUGCAAAUGUGAAAUGUUUUUCCUAUGACCUGUUUUUCUAAGGUAUCUAAUUGAUAUUCGAAUUGCAAUAAUAUGAAUUAUGUAAAUAAUAUCUAUUUAACGAUAUGUAUACACAAAAAAAUAUUUGUUGUCGCAUAUACCUACUUUUUGUCUAUGUACCUAGUUUGCUCCUUUAAAACAUGACGAUAAAUUUUACGUAUAUCUUUUGGAAAUUAAAAUAAUGAUUGUAUAACAAAUAAAUUUUGGUGAUACGAAGAAUCAUAUGCAAUAUGUAUACAUACAGAAUUAAAGGUUUUGUAUAUUUUAAUGAUAUGAGGUACGGUGAUUGCUAGUGCUAGUUAUUGAAUUACUGGAUAUGUUCACAUAACACAAACGUUUCAAAAUUCCACCUGAUUAAAAAGUUUUUCUUAUACUACGUAUUCCUUCAUCUUAACUAAAUAUUCCGGUAGUAUUUUCUACUGGUUGACGAAUUUUUAAUAUGUUUAAUUUAUUUUUCUUACGACAGUUUACGAAAAUGAUGUAUUUUACAUGAUUCGAAUUCUUGACAUACAUUUUUUCAUAUUGUAGCUAUAUUUCCCAAUAUAUGUGGAAAAUUGUGUAAACUAUUUUUAGGAUAUAUCUGGAUAUAUAAGAAUAAAAAAUAUGAUACCCAAAAUAAUCUCUAAUCCCAUCUGAAUUAACUGUGAUGAAAAGACCCAUGAGUCUCAGCCAUAUUAAGUUUCCAAAAGGAUGAAAAUGUAAACCUAACAUUUAUCUAGUUUUCCCGAUUUUCAUAAUUUACUUACAAACAUAAUUAAUAACCUUAUAUACCAUACGGGCAUAUUUGCCCAUUGCUUCUUAUUUUGUACUACAUUUUUUGCUUGUUUCCAUAUUUUAUGUUCGGGUUUUCCGAUACUGUAUGAUUCCACAGCUUCUUUGGUCUACCUCUUCUUUGUUUCUGUACUUGCCAUGUCUUUUUUGCCUGCUAUUCAUCCUUAUUCAGUAACUAAACCAAAUCAAUUUUUGUAUUUUUAGUUGUCAUUAUUGUUAAAUCUUUACGCCCUUUAGAUAUUUUAUCUCUACAGCUUUUUUCUAAUUUUGUGAUUAUUUAAGUCUCACUAUAAUAGACUAUUGGUAUGAAUUAUAAUGUUUCGUCUUACGUACAAGUAUAGUUAUCGGCUGUUUUUUUUUUCAUUUUUGUAUUUGUAUAUGAAAUUGUACCAUUUUUCUACUGUUCAGUUCUAUGCGUCACUUUUCCUAGUACUUCUUAGUGAUUUGCAAAAAGCAGAAAAAUACUUCCCAUGUAUAUGCUGCAAAAUACGUUUUAUUAUAUGUGGGGUGGAAUUCUUUUAACUCGUUAUGUGUAAAUAUUGAACACCAAUAGUCAAGAAAAUAUAGAUUUGAUACGCUGUUUGUUGUUCUACUCGGUUAACGCCUCAUUUUAGACCCUUUUUAUAACAUAUCUCCAAUAAAAUAAUUCCUGGCAUUUAAAGUUUUUUUUUUCUUUUAACUGGAAAUCUUAAAAAGCUCUUGGAUAAUCAAGUGAAAAAUAAUUAGUAAAAUUUGUCCGUUCAGAAUAUUCCAUUAACCUAAACAUUGAAAUUUCCAGGAACAAACAUUGUUUUUACCCUCAAUUUUGAGAAUAAUUUAAAAAAUUUUGAUUUUUUGAGUGAAGUAAGUUUUAAUGACUUACAUAAACGCAAUGAUCAAUUUGCGGUUUUUAUAAUCUAAUAAUAAAAAUCUAAUAACACUUUUCAACUUAUUUUAAAGUCAAAUUAUUAUCAUUGAUUAAUGCGAUAUAUACAUUCAGGUAACGAUGGAAGUAAUAGACACAUUUAAUUCUUUAGGGAUGAAUAAUGAAAAUAUCAGAGUCAAAAUAUGAACAGGUGGAUUUUAAAUGUGAUAUACCCAGAUUUUUUCAGUGUUUAGUGUAUCGAGUUUAUUUUAUGUAAUAUUGUAACGUUUAUAUCUAUUUUUAGCAAAAACAUGGUAAACACUCAUAUUUUACUUUCGAUUCUAAUCUCUAAAAGUCCCACCGAAAAGGUGCAUCCAUUUCCAGUAUACCAAGACAUAUCUAACGAAGCAAAAUCGAGCAAAUAUCAAAUCGCCAAAAAUAAAUUAUUGGGAAUUACCCAGAAGAAAUAAAUGUUCCUUUUUAUAUCAAAAAAAUAAAUAAAUAGAUGUAUGUUAAACUAACACAUAUAAUUAGAUGUAUAUGUAAUGGUAAUAUAUUUUAUCCAAUAAUUGUAAGAUAUGUAAAUAAAUGAACUUAUUCUCAAAACAAAAAAAAGCUGUUAAAAUAUUAUUUAUUCAAACUAACGUAAAUAACAUGAGUGCAAUAUACAAGAAUACAUAGAAAACGUGUACUUAUUAACCUCUUAUUAGAGUCAAUAAAUAGAUAAUAAAGUAGCUUGUUCGAAAGGUAGAUCACAUUAUGUCCAACUUUAUGGACCUAGUUGGUACCAUAAAAUCGUUGUAGUAAAUCUCAGAUAAAAUUUGUCUUUUUACUUUUUUCCAAAUAUUUAAAUCAAUUGAGGUCGUACAAAUAUUCAAGCCGUUCCGUUAAGGACGAUUAAUCAUUUAAGAAGUCGUUUUUAUUUGUUUUAGUUUGUUUACAGUCGCAGAUAGGCAUUCCCAUCAGAUUCUUAGAGCAUAGAGCAUUUAAGAAGUUUGGCUUCACGAUUGAGAAUACAGGCUAUAAUUUAAAUCAAAUUGAAUGAAUGUAAUGUUCAAUUAGUCCUAUUUAAUAACAAGAACCAAAUAAAUUAAUAUACGUUAAUUAAGAAUUUUCGGUGUUAGACGCCUUCGAUAUUAAUUCAAAAAAACAAAUUUUCUAUGUAAUCUAAUUCGAUGUAUUCAAUUAUGGCAUUUACAACAAAAUAACAUUAUAGAGCAAUUUUUGGGUAAUACGAUAUGAUGAAAAUCCACUUACUAAUCAAAACAUUUAACGCGUUAGAAAACUACUGCAAAAUAAUCGAAUAGCAAUUUAUUGUUGUCAAAGUUUCUAGCAAUGAAAAUAAAUUCAAUCGUUUCCGUCAUAUAUAUGAAUUUUUAUCAAAAUGCCUUUGCUUUAUAACUGUGAAUGAAGCAGAUGUUGAUAAAUAUUCUCUUUAAAAUCAUCUAAUCCAAACUAAAUUACUUAUACUUGUAGGUAAUUAUUAGAAUUUCUAUUUUUUACCAAACAUCUUAACUUUUAAAUCUCAGACAGAUAAUUAUUGUUAAUGAAAACAAGCAGUUGAUUGAUUUGGUAAGCACCGUCUAAAAAGGAAUUUGAAUACCCUUAUUAUUUUUUUGCUCCAAGUUGCUACCGUUUGAUGAAAAAUCAGCUAUUUUAUAUUAACCGAAAAUUGCUUUUUAUCUAAUUAAACAUAUUUUAAAGAUUAAAGACUAAUUUUUUAAAACGUGACUGAAGUCUUGCCUUGGCCAUAUUUCCCUACUACUUUAAAGUAUGUUUAAAGUUAUAUAUUGAGUUAUUUAGCUUAGAGAGUUUUUUCAGUCGUUUCAAAAAGCAAAAUAAUUCGUAGAAAAAUAUUAAUCGAAAUCAACAAUGAGUAACACUAUAUAUUAAAUAAUAAAAUCCAAAGCUUCCACUUUUGAAAUUAGUUUGGGUGCAUCCAGGGAAUAUUUUUCAUGUAGUAUCAAAGGUAUGUCUUUAAUAUACCUAUUUUAUGCCUCUUUUAUAAAAAGAAGGACUGAGCAUAUAAAAUGAUCAUUUUCGAAUACUAAAAUUUUACUGUCGGCGAUUGGAGGUCAUAGGAUUAUAUAUCCGUUCUGAUCUAUAAAUGGUUGAUACUAUAUGGAAAGUUGAAUGAUGUCAUAAACAUAAAUCAUGUGAUUAUGGACGCUCAAUAAGUUCGGUAUAAGCUAUACUAGCGUAAGCGUUCAUUUGUAUGACAUCAGUUUAUUGUGUAUAGACAAAAGGGGAUACUGAUUUAUUAUCUACUAAUAAGUUUAAUGUCCAGAUCAGCAAUCAUCCAAUCUACUGAUUUUUAUACCCGCUCCAGGCUCCCGCGAAACUCCUCCUAGAGGCUCUCGACAUGAGUCUUGACGAGUGAAAGCGGCAAGAGUCAUCCACACUCCCGAUUUUUUCAGUUGCCCACUAAAUCUACUACAAACAGAAGGGAUUCAAGUGACUGCGUUAUGUGUCUCCCAAUAUAAUGCCUUGCGUUUAUAUCACCUAACAAAAAAACUGAAACGUAAUGGAUGACGUCAAUAUACUGUAACAUUUCCUAUAUUUAUUUCCUCACUUAUCUGACCCCACGUGUCUUUCACUCCUCUGACUCGCGUCUGAAAAACAAACAAGAAGCAGAACGACAGCAAGGCUAAAGAAGGCGAGAAGACACGAGCGCAUCGUCCACACUCUCUCUAACUCGCUUUCUCUCGUUUAGCCUCGUAGAGAGUGUGGAUUGGACCUUAUCCAAUCAUACAAUUGAGAUUGAACACUUCUUUAGAUCAUUUCCGAUUUUCAUAGAAAAAUAGACUUUUUCUUACACCCUUUGAAGAUUAUUUCAUAUGUUAUCGAUUUAAACAUUUUCUAAAAAUAUGUUCUUAAAUAUUUGAAAUAAGAAUUAAAUACUGAUAUUUUGAUUUGGUUUCAAGAUAAUCAGCUCUAAAAAUUUCCACAUGACAGCUGUCUAUUGCAGCAUGAAUAUAGCUUUUCUCAUAUUCAAUAGCCUCAUCACUAUUUUUAGAGUUCUAUCUGUACCAAUUUUUAUUUCAUAUCCGGUUUAUUAUGUUAAGUAUGUACUCGUUAUAUUAUUUCAGCUUCUUGACAACUUCUUUAAUAAUGUUAUAGGUUGAGUUUUUUGUCAAUGUUCCUUUUUCUACUGAAUUGUUGACAGAUAUAUAAACAUUCCGAGAGCAACAAAUAAAGUUUUCUACGAAUUAUUCAUAAUUUUUUCCUACUUAGAUUUAAUGCAUUUAUGUUAACUCUUUAAAUCCACCAAAUAUUUUAUUUAUUAAGAAUUUUCGGUAAAUUCAUUUAUGAGUUAUUAAGGUAGUCAAUGUUUACAUUGUUUUUAUGGUUUUUAAUAUUUGUUAAUUGUUAUCUUGUUAUUUUUAAUCCUUAUUGUAUAUAUAUAUAUAUAUAUAUAUAUAUAUAUAUAUAAACACAAUGCCCCAAUGAAAACGAUCCACCCCAAAUAGCUACGGGGGUAAUAACUUUUUAAAAAAGUGGUGAAAUACGUCGACCUUUAAUUCAUGAGGUAACAUUUGACCAUAAUAGAAUUCCAAUUAUUGUGUAUAUUGUUCAAAAUAAUCACUAUUGAUUUCCAUACCAAAGUAUAAUCUAUUUUCAGUUCAACAUUAUUGAACAAUUCUUUGACCUACAUCUUGAGGUUGUGUUGCAAAACCUCAUGUUUCAAAUUACAUCAAAGAAAGAAAUCAGUGUUAAAAUCGGGUGAUCCUGAGUUGACUCCAAUCCAAGUCCUCAUCUCCCAAUUCAUCUAUUAUGAAAGAGAUUAUUCAGAAAAUAUCGUUGUCUACCAAAUGUAAGUAAAUAUCUCUAUUUAGGUUACUGACAAGAGGGGCCCGACAAGGUGCUCGACAAAAAUUAAAUUUCUGAUGAUUUUAGGUAUGACUUUCGAAAAAUAAAUAUGAAAAAAUAUACAAUUUUAGAGUAGGCUGCUUUUAUUUUGCAUUCUUUGUUUAAUUCGUGUACGAAUCGUAUUUUAUAUGAAUGUUUGUGAAAAUUCGUUGAACCAUACUUGGCGGUAUAUUAGAAGCCUAUGCUACUUUCCGUAUCCAUUAGCAACUGACCCAAAAUUGCCUCCUUGACUGCUUCAUUUCUGAUCAGUCGCUAAGAUUCUUGUCGUCUGUUUUCCACACAACCUGUUUCCAUUUAUUCAUUCAUCCAACAAACCGUUGAUCAAUAUUUGUAUAUUUAAUAUUUAAAAUAAAUUCCUUCAAUUUUUUUUGUCUUUCUGAAUAAUGCCCAAAUAAAAAAGGUUUUUCAAAAGACUCUUACUAUGUACUUACCAUGAUAACAAUUAGUUGAUAUGCUAUCCAGUGUAAUGUAUUUGGAUAAUUCCGACAAUCAUCAAUGAAUCCAUUGAAUAAUUUUCUAAAAAAAUAUAGACACCCCUUACAGCUCAAAGUUUUAAGGAGAUGACGCUGGUGACGUGUUUUCCUUGAAAUCAAAGUUGUCCCUUUUUACCAUUUUUCUAAAAGUUAUUACCUCCACAUUUAUUUAGAGUAUUUUUCGUUGGGACAUCUUUUUAUAAUUGAGUGGCCGGUUUUAAGUGUGUCACGUUGUGUUUUUCUGUACUUAUGAAUUUUUGUUUGUUCAUUUUCCUACGAAGGUGUACUAUUAAUAAUUUAUUGUAAAUAAUUACUGUUAUAAAUGGUUUGAUAACAAUUAGGUAUUACUUCCAACGAAAAGAUAAUAAUGAUUAAUAACAAAUAAUAUUGUCAAAAUAGGCAACAAAUAUGUGAUCGGGUAUGAGAAAUAUUUUUCCCUGUAAGCAUUAUAGUAUUGAAUCUAAAACAAAUUGUUAUUGUUUUAUAAACUUUCAAUUAGCAAUCUAAUCUUUAACUGAGAAAUAUUUACAAACAUAAAUGAGUAAUAACAUAAUAUAUACGAGGAUGAAUUAAAUGUAACAAACAAAAGAAUAAUUAUUAUUGGUCUAUUAAUUUGGUUGAAUCAAUUUUACGACCCAUUUUCAAAGCAUUUACAUAUACCAUCAGUUUAAAAUAUAUCUUUCAAACCUUAAAAAGAAGAAUGUUUCUGUUGAUGGUGAAGUGAUCACCGAUAGUAUUUUGUGGGGAAACAUGAUAGAUGAAUAAAAACAAUUGUAUCAUUUCAAGUGGGUUUUUUUGGUAAACAAUAUUCAAUUAUUUGUAUUUAUAUAUAUAUAUAUAUAUAUAUAUAUAUAUAUAUAUAUAUAUACGUAUGCAGACCUAUCUGGCCCUCGGUUUCGAGAUCUUUCACUCUCUCUUUUCAUUUCUUCUGUUUUUUGCCUUAUUUUGCCAGGUUCUCACUCUCCCUCACUGACUGUUUUAGUACUCGGUUUACCCAUUUGUCUUCUGUCAUUCUCCAUAUAUGUCCCACCCAUCUCGUUCUCUGUGCAUUAAUUAUACGGGUUAUAUUUGAGUGCUUAUACAAUUCUGACUGUUCUUUAUUUGUUCUCCUUCUGUAUACUAAAUCUUCUUUAAUUCCCUUGUAAAUCGAGUAUUUUUUUAAACUGAAGAAGGUUCUGGAUAAUGGAUCUUCCUGUCUCAUCCCUUUUCUUAUUUUGAAUAUGUGGGAAAUAGUGUCUACCAAAAUUACUUGGCUCUCGGUUUUUAGUAUUAUCAUUUCCACUAAUCUCCUCAAUUUAUUUUAUAUAUUUAAAUUUUCAUUUUUUUCUCUCUUGGUGGUAUCAGAGGCCAAUCUGUAAUCGAUGUUCCUGCUUUAAAACCUCCUUGGUAUUCGCUUGAAUUUUCUUAGUGAUACUGCUUCUAAGUAUUUUUGUCAGAUAAUAUGUUAUACUACUCCCAUAACAGAGAGUUUUCUCUUCCAUUCUAGCUUUUUGUAUACCCGCACUAAUCACAAUUACAAGAUAUUGGAUAAAAAUAAGAAUUGAAUUCAUUUCUUUUUUGAUAAACCUUCGUAGGAGCACUUUGUCUCUAGUUAUUGGCAACUCGGUUUUCCUUUGUGUAACAUGGUGUAUACCAUAUAUAGUUUUUAGUUAGUGCAAUCGUUUUUUAUCGGAAGGUUUUAUUGAACAUAUAUAAUAAUUUUAACAUAAUAAAUUUAGCCUUAAAAGGCCAGUUGUAUUAAGCUGAUUAAAGCAGUAGAAACAUUUGUAAUAAAACAUGUAAAUAUCUAAAUGUAUAUUUAAAAAAAUAAUUGUAUUUGUCAUUUGGAAAUAAAUUUGAGUUUCACAGGGAAGAGU